AUGUCUAGUCCACGAUUGCUCACCCAAGGGGCUAUGGCCCAGGUCAUCCAGCAGGUUCGAGAUCCCCAAACCGGAGACCCAGUCAGGCCACUCCUUGGAAAAGGCGAAAUGCGACUAUACAGCUUUUACAAGCCAAGUCUCCAAGCAAAAGACUACACAAUCAACGCAACGCAAACCAUCACAUCUGGCACUCAGAAGCUUACCCUGUACAACACAAAACCUGACGUCAGCGCUCUGGGCUUAGCCGGCCAGCGAUUCGAGGUCAUAGUGCCGCGUUUUAGUCUGGACACGAAAUUGAUCAAUACGUAUUAUCCUCCCGAUGGCCACCAAGACGAGGCUCGAAUUCUGCCUCAUAUUGUCUUGAAUGACCCUCAUUAUCCGUGGGAGAUAUCAGCAGGAGUGACGGCAAAUAUGACAGACGGAAUCGACUUUGGCCCUAUAGUUGGAAGUGACGGCAAGACUGAAACAGUGGCCCGUUCAAUGGUUCCCUGGGUGGCCCUUCUAGUCUUUGAUCCAGACGAUCUACGGCUUACGGAUAUUGCAGAAGCCAAGGCUCUAGGCCUUCCGGGAUUUACAUCUGAGGUUGAUCUAAAAACGCAAACACCUAAUGGCACCUUCAGCAUGACCGUUGCCGAUUACUUUGCAAACAUUACAGAAACAUCAAGGAUCAACUAUGCGGCUGGUUACAAAGACCCAGCCACUGGCAACCUACCAGAUCCCUUGCCGCAGGAAUACGACGAGAUAUUACGCACGCUAGACAAAACAAAUGUCAUCUUUCCCCAGAAGUCUCUUGUGAAAAAGCUCUUCACGGACUCAACAAGGGCUGAUACUGCCACCAAUAAAUAUGGCGUAGAGCAGUAUAAGUACAUGUCUCAUGUCCGAGAGAUCAACACCGAAGGCUGUCCAGAUGCUGGGGUCCAAGAACAGGGAAUCUUCUCUGUUGUUAUUGCAUCCAGAUCAGGAGCACUACGAGACAAAGUGUUGGUGAAUAAUGUCUGGACUGAGCUUCCUACCAACAUUUCUCAGCCUCGCACCCAAGUCUGCCAUCUGGUGUCGAUCGAGCAUCUAGACUCGACGAUUGAUACAUGGACAACAGACCAGCCUAGCCAGCGCAUUGGCAUGAUAUCACUUUUCUCUUGGAUCUACACAGCACUGCCCCCAAACCCCGUCAACUUUGUAACGACGGUACGAAACUUGACUGAGAACCAGCAGAUGCUUAGAGUGGACGACAAGGUUCUUGCUGGUCUUGAUCUAGCCAAUGAGCAGAACACCGCGUCAGGGGAUAACAGCAUCAAAUCUCAAGUGUCUACUGUACUAGCUGAUCGACUUCGAAUGGGAUAUACAAUCUCACGCUGGAGAACGCAAACAGGCGAAGAAACAAGUGCAUUCACCCGAGGACCGCUGGUUCCGCUGCCAACUCCGGCAGUCCCUGCGCCAAAUACGAUUCAAGACUGCUCUUUUACAUCUCAGGAUUAUCAGAUCCUUGAUUCCACAACCGGAAUGAUGGAUCUUUCAUAUUCGUCUGCUUGGCAAUUAGGUAAACUACUGGCCAUAUCUGACACGACUUUUAGCUCUGCCUUGAUGCGGUUUCGAUCUCUUGUACGGAAUGCAUCGGUGAACUCGACUAUGAUGAAGGCGAAUAACAUGACAGCUGCAGCUGAUGUUGUUGCAAGUGUCAAGUCAACCAUCAGCAAUCUAAAAGCUCUAGCGACUGCACGCCAUGAAGUCCCAGGCACUCCUCAAAGGGUCCGACCACCAAGCACUCGCGAGGCAAUAACUAGUGUCAGCGAAGCGGGAGUGGCAUUGACAUUUCAAUCCGAUAUCGAGAAAUCUGUAGGCUCCAACACAGCUGCGGGACAAGACUCAAAAGGCACUCCAAUACCAUACAAUGGAUUCAAUCUCCAAGGUCCUAAUAAUAGUGACUGGGUUAUAAUUCACGAUUGGUUAGCUGAUAAGCUCUCACUCGGGGGCAUCCCGUCUCACUAUUUAUUACCAGAGCCUUCUUUCCUGCCCGCAGAGUCGCUUCGAUUCUUCUAUAUCGAUGACUUUUGGUUGGAUUGCCUUCUUGACGGGGCCUUGUCAGUGGCCAAUCACCUGGAUGCAGAUGAUGAUGUGGUCCGCAGGCAGAUCAAGACACAAUUCAACACGUACCUUUCGACGCCUGUUCCUGACGCUGGGUAUAAACCUCAGGUUCCUUGUUAUGGAUUCUUCAUCAGAUCCAAAGUGAUCAAGGCUAUGCCAGACAUGAAGAUCUCUGUUACUUGGAAGAACCCAGAUAAGAGGUACCCGGUCUGUAGAUGGACCAAAUGGGAUGAUCAAACACUCAUGUGUCUUUUGGAUCGUCAACCGCAAGAAUUAGACUAUAUCGAACUAUCCCAACCGCAGCAUCAACAGAGAUUUGCUUUGGGUGAGGCUAUUGACGCCACCGGAUCAGGGAACAUCACUUUCUUGCUCCGGACGCUGUUUACAGUUGCCCCGGGCAUUUCUCCUGAUGGGGCUCAGGUUUCCGAUGAUAUGUCGCGAGGUUGGCUUGACUGGGACUCAAGAGGCAUCAAGAUCCGACAGCUUGCGAUGGAUGUCAAUCAGCAGCUCAAUAAGGCGGCCCCAGGGGAGUAUGUUGACCCGACGCCCAAUUCAUGUGAGACGGGAUUAGAACUCAAUGACCCGAGAUAUUAUUUCACGAUAGUACCUCCACCAGGCGUUGACUCUACUCCCGUCCCAAGGGAUCGUCAACUCUUCAGUCGCAAUCCAUCCUCGACUCCAUCACCACCACAGCCUCCUACUCCACCUCCUAGUAAGCCCAUUAAGCCAGGAGAACCAAGCGGGUUGGAUCUCCCACCAACAGUUCCACCUCCAGCAGCAACCCAAAAACCACCCACAACGCUGUCGUCAGUCCCGUCACCAGCUCACCAGCGGCCCCAUACCUCAACUCCCGCCAUAAUUCCACAGCCUACAAACAAACUCUUGGUCACUCAACUCGCCAGCUCCUCUAUAAGAUCUUUUGCAACGCCGCAGUCUAGGUACGACAUGAAGAUUUACGUCGACUACCGUGAUCCACCGAAACGGUUUCCCGGCCCAUUCGAAAAGUACAGUGCCACGGACUAUAUCCCCACCAAGAAUAACUACUACUUCGAUCUCAUCUUCAGCAUCCGCAAAAAGCCCUCAGCAAUCACAUCUGACUACAAACUUCUCAAAGUGGUGAUCGAUAUCCCUAUUGAGUCUGUUCCGAAAGCAACAAACAAAGAGGCAUUAUUGACCCCAAACUACGAUGGACCCGGUGUGCGCAUGCUCAACAACCAACGCUUUGUACCUUUUCUCUUCACCGAUGAGAAGCUGCCGAUGCUGCAUGCUGAGGUCGUUCCGCGCUCCUCUACACUUGACGAUGCGCUGCAGCUUAAUGACUUUAGCUCGUCACAACUAUCAUUCCGACUUGCAGAGGCAAAUAUCUCGCCAGUCAAUGUCGUAACAAGAGUGGUGAUCGAUGGGCAGGUGAAGCCGAUGGAGGUGGGAAAGGUAUUCAUCACAUGGACCGAGUGGUAUAGCACGCCAGCAAGUCCGGCGGGAGAGCCAGUUAUAAAUCACUACACACUACUGAAGCAGAGUGUGACCGACGACUGA